AUGAAGAAAAUUGGUGGAAACGGAAACAACAACAACAACAACAACAACUUGAUAUUUAUGAAUUUGUGGAAAAUUAUUGAAAAUUCAUAUAAAAUUAUUAGAAUAUAUGGAUUUACAAAAGAUCCAGAUACUUUGAAUUAUGUAUUAUUAAUGGAGUAUACAAAUAAGGGCAGUUUAAAAAGAUGUUUAACAGAAAUAACAAAAAAUUGGGAACAAAAAUUAUUUUGUUUAUAUCAAAUUAUUAGAGGUCUUAAUGAUAUUCAUAAAAAAGAUCUUAUUCAUUAUAACUUUCAUAAUGGUAAUAUUUUAUGUAACAAGUAUGGAGAAAAUAUAUAUGGAAUUUUCAUUAGUGAUUACUUAGGAUUAUAUCAACUUGCAAAAUCUUUUUUAAAAGAAAAUAAUAUCUAUGGAGUUUUGCCAUUUAUAGCACCUGAAAUUUUAAGAGGUCAACCUUAUACUCAAGCUAGUGAUAUAUAUAGUUUUUCUAUAAUUAUGUGGGAAUUUGCAUCUGAAAUUCUACCAUUUAAUGAUAAAGCACAUGAUCUUCAACUUGCUUUAAGUAUUUGUAAAGGUGAACGUCCUGAAAUUAUUGAAAAUACUCCGCAAUGCUAUAUAGAUUUAAUGAAAAAAUGCUGGGAUGAAAAUCCAUUAAAAAGGCCAUCUUCUAAAGAAGUUUUAAAUAUUAUUAAAAAUUGGAUUUUUCUUCCUUAUAAUAAGGAAAUUGAAGAUAUUAAUGAAGAAUUAAAAAGCAAUAUUAUGGAAUUUAUAAAUGCACCAAUUAAACAUAAUAACCUUAUUGUAAAAUCUCAUCCAAAAGCAUGCUAUACAAGUCAUUUACUUGAUUUUACUAGUGAAGAAUUAAAUGGAAUUCUAGAAGGUUUACAAGGAUAUCUUAAAUUAAAACAAAAAUAUCAAAGUUCUCAAAAUGAAUUACAAAAUAUUCAAAUGGAAUUAGUUCUCAAUCAAACCAAUGAUUUUCUGAAAGUUAAGGAUAAUUUCCUAACUUUACGAGAAGAAGCUAUUGAAAAACUACAAAAUUGCUGUAAUCAUCUAGAAAGUUCUAUUAAUAAGGAAAGAAAUACUAUUGGUUCUGUUGGAGAUAUGAAAAUCUCUAAAUUGACUGAUAAAUACACUAAAGAAUUUCAAAAUAUUCUUGUAAAAUAUAAUGAUGGAUUGUUAGAGUUGAAUAAAAAUUAUUAUUCCUUAAAGAAAAUUGUUCAGAAAAAUAAAGAGUUGGAAAAUAGCCUCAUAAUUGAAAAUAUUCUUAAGUUGAAUUCUUUUAAUCUUGAUAAUUACAAAAUUUUUAAAUUUGCUACUAAUUCUCAGGAAGGAAUCAAAAUUCAAUUAAAUUCUAAUAUGAUGGCAGAAGAUAUAAAUUCAUUGAGAAAAAAUUUGAAUGAAUUGAAAUUAGAAUUAGAUCAAGAAAAAAAAGAAUUAAAAAAUUUAGCAACAGUUUAG